AUGCCGGCUGUUCCUCGCGUCGACCGUCUGAAAACAGUGUACUCAGCGGCAAAAGCUCUCAACUUCGGAUGGCGAUUCUCAGAUUUUCUCAACAUUCCCGCUUAUAAUGGCAUUUCGCGUUACACAAAUCAAUUGCAUCGAAUAACAUUUCGAUUUUGUAAGCAGAGUGAAAGCAGUGUUGGCGUCCGAAAUUUCAUUGAACGUCAAUUAAUCGAAAUAGGAAAACAGCAUCCAUCGGUUGUGAUCUAUGCGCAACCGGUGCGAAAUACGGUGCCAACAAUUCGUGCCGAAUAUGGAAAUGGUAGAAUUCUUCAAGUGAAUGCGAAAAAUAUGUCAGAACUCGAAGUUGGAAAAGACGUGCACAUGUUGUUCUCGAGGUCCGGCACACCUGUGGUGAAGCUUGAGAGCAGGCAAUCUUCCGUAACUCCUUCUAUACAGGGACCAUGGACACCGAUCACAUGGCUUCCAUCCGCCAUGAACUCCGUGCCGCUUCCAUCUCCCGAAUUCUCCAAACAUAAAUCGUGCGAACUGAGUGCCACAGAAUACUUCCUUCAAAAAUCCACGGAUUGA